UUGUAUCAGUGUAGUAUUGGUGUGUGAUUUAGCCUGUAGGCUACAGUAAUGGGCUGCAUGCAUGUGUAUUCUCUUACAAUGGGAUCCGGAGACACAUCCAAAUCGGAUUAACGUUACAGGACAAAACAAAACAGCAACAAAAAAAAAAACCAGCACGCUUUUCUUUGUUUACUGUCUGAUUACGUGAAGUCUCACAAGUCCCAGAAAAUCCUUGUAUUUGUGAGGAAUUACGACAGCCGAGAUUGCUAUUCUUCUCCAAAGAAAUGAGGUCAGAUUUCAAGAAUGACCAAUUAAAAUAGCACGACUGGAGAAAACUUUAAAGUUGAAUGUGCCCUAAGAGUUGAUGGAUCAAUUUUUAAUCAAUGACACAUGCAAACAUGAUCCUUGGACAAAAUGCGAGAUGUGUGGCUCAUUGUUGGCUGAAGCUUUUUUGUGUGAAGGAGGGGACGAUGGCUGAAUGGGACCGGUUCAUUGUGCAUAAACAUAAUCAAUAAAGAGCCCUGGAUCUCUGGAUCCUUGUGAGAGCAGUGCUGUUUUGAGUUGGACAAACGAGGCCAGUUGGACGAACAUUUAAACCUUCUUUCAGUAGAUCUUCACUCUGAUUGGUCCUGAUGGUUAUAAAAACGCAUCUCCGCUACCCUUCAGCGUACCCGGGGAAGAAGGAUGUGAUAUACUAUCAAAUUAAGGAAUUUCAGUGCUUUGAAACUUGUAAGACACAAACCACUCACAGUCAUUUAGAUGGAGGAAAGAGAGAGGAGUAGGAGUUGCUCCCCGCGUCGGGUGCGCCGUGUAGAGCAGGUGGUGGGGAGAUGGCUGCGCCGAUCACGAGACUCCCUCAGCAGGGAUCGUAUCUUAGGGGACAGGAAGUUGGGCCGUUCAGACGAUGGUGGCCAACAGCAUUUCCCAGUAAAGGAGACAGUGGAGGUGAUCAGAGAUGCUGUGCUGGACUCGCAUGGCUUCACGCUCUCCACACAACUCCCCCUGCUGGUCAGGGACGUUAUUCCAGGAGGACCAGCAGAUGGACGUCUCUUACCAGGUGAUCAAGUAUUGAAAGUGAAUAACAAAGCCAUUGACGACUUGUCUCCUGAAUAUGUUAACAACAUGAUUAGGCAGUGCCAGGAUUCUGUAACUGUGACAGUCCUCAGAAACAUGUUGAAUCCCAAGUCCUCAUUUAUGUCGGCAGAAAAGAGAGCUCGCUUGAGAAGAAAUCCGGUUAAAGUGCGCUUUGCCGAAGAAGUAUUAGUCAACGGACACACUCAGGGAAACUCCCUUCUCUUUCUGCCCAAUGUGCUUAAGGUCUACCUGGAGAAUGGGCAAACCAAAGCCUUCAAAUUUGAUAAGACCACCACAGUGAAGGACAUUGUGCUGACUUUAAAGGACAAGCUGUCAAUUCGAUCUAUUGAGUAUUUCUCCCUGGUGCUGGAACAGCAAUACAGUAUCACUAAACUACUCUUACUGCAUGAAGAUGAGCUCAUACAGAAGGUAGUCCAGAAGAAGGACUCACAUGAUUACAGAUGUCUGUUCCGAGUGUGUUUUAUCCCCCGAGAUCCAGUGGACCUGCUGCAUGAUGACCCAGUCGCCUUCGAGUACCUCUUUCACCAGAGCGUUGGUGAUGUGCUGCAGGAGCGGUUUGCUGUAGAAAUGAAAUGUAACACCGCUUUGAGGUUAGCAGCACUGCAUAUGCAUGAAAGGUUGGCCAGCUGUGGACAAACUACCAGAGCAUCUAUCAAGAAUAUUACUAAGGAGUUUGGAUUGGAGAGUUUUAUUUCACCCACAUUACUGAGGAACAUGAGAGAAAAAGACCUGCGGAAAGCUCUUGCAGGCCAUAUGAAGAAAAUCCAGUCACUGCUUGAACCACGUCAGAAAGUAAUCUCAGUACCUCAGGCCAGGUUAGCAUAUCUAACUCAGAUGGCAGAACUGAUAUCAUAUAGUGGGAGAAGCUACAAUGCCACCAUGCUGCUGCAGGACCGGGAGUCGUUGGUGAGUUUGUUGGUGGGAGCACGAUUUGGUGUCAGCCAGAUACUAAACCACAAGCUGAACAUGAUCUCGACUAUUAUAGACUUCCAUUAUAUCAGCCGUGUAGAAGUGCUCUCUGAAUCUGACAGGGUCAGCAUGCUAAAGAUCUACCUACAUGAUAUCCAGCCCCUGGCCUUGUUAAUGGAUUCUGUAGCUGCUAAGGACUUGGCAUGUCUGCUGGCAGGCUAUUGCAAAUUGUUAGUGGAUCCCAAUAUGAACGUGUUCCGUUGGGGCCCUCGUCCCAAAAUACGUCGUAUACCUUUAGAAGAAGGCUUUGGAUUCCGCUGUGGCAGUGAUUCAGAUGACAGCUCAGAUGAGGACUACUCCAUGGACAACCUUCUAGACACCCCAGUCUCUGAGGACACUGUCUCAACUCAAACAAAUGAGGACAGGGAGGAUGAGAAGGAUGAAGAGAAGGAAGAGGCCACAGUAAGGGUGAUUGUGACCCAGUCAGAAGAAGACGAGAAGGUAUUAGAAGGUGCUCUAGAAGGAACAAGUACAAGUGGUUCUAUUGAGGAUGAGGACUAUGCAGCAAGAGUAGAUGCACUUCUGGAAACAGGAUGGUACACAGACCCAAGAGUCAACAGCAGCUUCUCUAGUUUGUCCAGUAACUCAUUUAACACUCUUGAGGAGAUUAGCAAGAUAUCCAGUACAUGGCCUGCUCGUCUGGACACUUUUCAGGAGGAGAUGCCCAAAUCAGACCAGGCUACUGGGGCCUCUAACAUGGAUGUCCAUUAUCCUUACCUGUUAGAGAUCCCUGAACACCUGAACCGGAAAGAGAAAUUAAGCCCCCCCUCUGGCUUGCUAUAUGAUAAGCACAGUGGUUUGAGGUACAGUGACCUCUCCCAGCUGUCUGAUUCCCUUCCAAGCCCACCUGAAGCAAGUGAUGAUGCAUUGAGUGAUUUGGAAGAGAUUAAUAAAGAUGAAAACAAAAAUUAUAGCCCUGCAGACAUUGACGCGGUGUUGGCUUCAGGCAGUAGUAAUAGCAUAAAAUCCACUGUAGCUGGUUUCAAUGUCCAAGCACUUUUAGCAAGGAUUCGUAGCCAUCCAGCAUGUAAGAAAGAUUUGAGAAAUUCUAACUUCUACCAGAAAGAGGAAGCAAAGUCUAAAGGACCGUUGUCCAGACCAAAAGUUCAGCCUCCACCUCCACCAGCAAGAAUAGUACCCAGAAUUUCUGAAAUUGCAAAAGAAGCAAGAAACAGUGGGUCAGAAUCAGAAGAUGAGUUUUUUGAUGCACAGGAUCGUCUCACUCCACCAAUCUUAGAACAACCUGCAGACAAGAAAGUCAAUGGAAUGAAUGGAAUGGAACGUGCUAUGAAACAGUCUGAUGCAAAGAUCAGUGUGGUAGAACCAGCAGCAUCCAAGAUGCAGAGUCGAUCAGACAAGCCACACCAUGGCAAUUCUUUACCUAUUAAUAGAAACAAACUAAAGAAGGACACUUCCCACCUUAAAGAUGUCACUCCUGCAAAAAGUAUUCUUGACAAUGAGCUGGAGAGUCACCAGCCACCAGGAAUUGUACUUCCUCAACCAGACAUGCUUGAGCCUAAGACUAUCUCAAAUAAUCACAUCUCUGAGAAGAAGGGCCAGCAGUCUAAUGGGGAUAUUCCUGGCCGUAAUUCUCACAUGUCCUCAGAGCUUUUGGAGAUGGAGCCAGACACUAUGGAGUUUAAGCCUGUUACUACAGCUGGACCUCCACUGUCUUCCCCCUUAAUCACUGCAGUGAGGCAAAAUAAAUCCCAGUUACCAACCUCAGUGGAUCCUGCAACAAGUUCAAAUGAAACUCAAAAUAUAAAACCUAUAGACUCUAAACAAGAUGAAAUCAUUAAAGAAGAGAAAACAGAAAAACACCAAUCACUGCCUCCUCUGCCGACCAAGAAAGAAGUUGUUUCUGCACCCCCCCCAGAAUCUGACAAACCCGUAUCCAACAUUUCUCAGUCAUCAGCUGGUUUAGCUCUGAAAACUGAAGAUGAGAAACCAUCAAAUGGGGUUUCUUUGCGCACCUGGUCUCAGCGUAACGGGGCCACCCCAGGCCCUCCUCUGAGUAAAGGGGUCUCUCUAAGCCAUGAGAACCUUAAAUGCCAACUAAGGAAUGAGAACACGGUAGUCGCAGUGACCAGUGCUUCAUCUCUGACAGCCACUCCACCCUCAUCUGUGACUAUGAGAGGCUCUAUAAGCAUGGAUCCCAAAGAUUCCUUUGCGACUGGAAGGGGUUUCAGCAGCAGAAGUUCUUCUGGACGUCUACCUGCUUCAGCACUACGUGGAAAGAUCCAGGACAUGCCUUGGUAUCUCACCCGAUCCCAGGAAAUUUUGGGGACGGUAGCACUCAGCAGUGAUAAAUUAGCAGACACUACAGCAUCUAAGGAUGUAUCUGAUUCCAAGGGCUCUCAAAAGGAAUCUCCAAAAUCAACUUCAGUACCUGCUUUAAAUGAUUGGAAAGAGAAAGAUGCUGCAGUGGUUGUUGUGAAGCUCAAAGAUGGGCCACAAGAUGUGGCCUCGCAUGUGAAAGACACCAGUGAGAAAACUUUGUCUGGUCAAGACCUAAAGCAGAAUGGGUUACAAGACUCCACGGAACUUUUCUCACGCUUGGGAACAUGCAGGUCUGAACAGCCUAAGUCUCAAAAACACCCUGGUACAAAAGAUAAUCUGGAAAGGCCAUCUCCUCCAUCUAGCACUGGAACACCCCAUCGUGAUGCAUGUGGGUGCCACACUGUUUAUGCCAAUUGCUUUAGUGGGGAUUCUGAGGAUUUAUGUAGUUUUGAUGAUGAUCUAACAGUGUACGAGUUUUCCCGUCAGAAACGAGUCAACAAACCACCCCAGACAUCAAAUGCACCUUCUUCUGCCCCUUCUUCCAACAUCCUGUCUCUACUAAGAGACUCACCUCACCCCCUUUCGACCUCUAGUGAGCUUAGUCCUCUUUUUACCCCACCCCGGCCUAGACCGCUGGGUUACAACCCACUAGACAAUCCACUACGGGAUCUUCAAGAAAGACGAUAUGUAACAGGCCUAAAAGGUACUGGGCUUAAAGGGGGCUACACAUCCCUGCACAAAGAUAUUGAUGAACUUCUGCUGGUGCUUAAGAAUGGUGAGACUGCAAUAAAUCCUCCAGGCCAGAAGGGGCCAUGUGAAAAGGCUAGUGGUAUGAAUGGCAAUUCCUUAUCUGAAACAGAGCGCUGUUUAGUGCAGGCUGAGGCAAGGAGGCUGGCCUCAGGAUGUCAGCGUGCAACUAGAGUUGGCUGGGCACCGGACGAUGCUCUACUCUCAUUGGGCAAUAGCUUUGGUGCUUUGGUACAUCUGGCAGCAGCUUGCCUUCAAGUGUCCUGUUCAGAGUGUGGGAGUUGCCAUGGUGAUAUUGAUGGCACUGAGGCUUUAAGGAAGCUUCAAGAAAUUGUGUGUCUGUACAAAGAGUUUGUGAUGGCUGUAGAAGCAGCCCGAGAAGGGGAAGGUGUCAGGUUGUUAGCUAAACAAUGCACGGUUCUCAUCUCUACAGUCUUCUCUCUAACACAACUCUUCAGGACACACACUCCAGACACAGACAAUAGACAUUUACCACUAAACUUCUGAACUUGGAACUUUUGAUUGAAAGAGAGCAGAGAACUUAAAAAAAGAAUGAUUUUUUCUUUUGUUUGGAUUUAAAGACUUUGAAUGUGUGCUGGCACACAUGAAAUAAAAGUAAGUGCCGUGUACACACACACACAAACACACAAAAUCUCAGUCAAACAGAUUAACAGGCAAAUAAGUCUACCAAAAAGUAGAACCUUUGUCCUCUAAAACUGUUGGUCUUGCCAAGUCUCCUUAUGAACUUUAAAUGGGAUAUGGUUUUAUUGAUACAUACAGUAGCUAUUUUCUAACAAUAUCUUAUUUCUUUAAGUAUGUAUUCAAGUACUUAUUUAUUUUUACAUACUAUGUGUACGCACCGUGGAUUAUAACCUAUACUUACAUUUUUGUUUUGUUGUAUGUAAAGUCCUACCUCUUGGUCUAAUAACUAGUGAUACCUGAAAGAAAUAGACAGUGUUACAGUGUCCAGUGUCUGUAAUUUCUUCUUCUUUUUUUUGUACUGCUCGUCACUGACUUAGGCAUGGUACUUCAUAAGAUGGACAAAGCAGACACUAACCCUCUUUCUUCUCCCAACUUUUGACCAUAUGUACAUAUAAUAGAUGCUAGAAAGGAUGUAUAAAACACUCAGUAACAUUUAAAUUGUGUGCAGUAGUUUAUCAACUCACUAUCCAAAGUUUGUCUUCUUUCUUUUUGUUUGAAAAGUUGGAUAGAAAUGGGAAUUAUUGGAUGUUGAGAGAAAUUUGAAAGUAUUUAAUUUUAUAGCUAUGUGUCAGUAUGAACUUUAAUGUUCCUUUUUCACUGGCACGUUAGCUUACUGUUAAUGGUAGCGAUCAGUUUUAUCCAAAGAUGAUACAGCACGAGGUGCUCUGUCAUUGUGUUCAUUCAUUUCAUGCACUAGGCAAACUCCAAUAUUUUUACUUAUUUUAUUCCUAUGCAAGUGUCACUAAUUCAUAUCUGUUGUCAAAGUUUUUGUAUUGAACAUUGCUCAUAUCUGAUCAAAACUGUUUUGAUAAUGGGGCUUCCCAAACAAACCUAAGCCUUAUCCUUGAUCUGCAAGGACUGGAUCAUGGUCAAAUUAAGUACUUAUGCAAUUGCAACCUGGUUCAUAAUUUGCCUUGGGAUGAUUGGGGUGAAAAUAUUGGCAAAAAUAUUACCAGGUAUUAGUACUAGAGUUUCAAUAGUUUUUUCAGUAGGCAGCCCAAAAUUGAGGUAGUGUUCUGCAUUUUAUUAAAUAUGUUAAAAUUCAUUUUGUCAUAAAAUGUGGCAUCUUCAGGGUGAAUUAAAGCUCUGUAUGGUCACUGGUAGCAUUCAUCAUAUCAUUCAUCUUUCACAUAAAGGUGGGGUAAAAGUCUGGGGUUUGGAUCUGCAUGAAGGAGCCUGUCAGUGCUAACUGUCAGUUCGGGAAGAUGAUUAACAGUGAAUUUAACCUAGACCUUAAAGCUUGUUGCACUUGUAAAUGAUCAAUUAUGAACAUAAUAUGGUUUUACUAAAGUCAUUAAAUUAGAGGAGAGCUUCCAAACAUUACACAUUCACAUUUCCGACCACAUGGUAUAUUAAACAAACAAUCAAGUUCAAUAUUAUUAAGUUGUGUUUGAAGCAACAGGUCACACUAAAAAAAUUAAAAAAAAAACAAACAAAAAAAACACCGAAAUGUAGAAAGGAGUUUUUUCUUAUGCUGACACACUUAUUGCAUUUAUGGUCUUGUUAAUUGUUAAUAUUUUUUAAAAAUUUACUCCAGCACGCCAGCACAAGUUAUGACACUAAUGGUUACACUGACAGAGAUGUCUAUCAGCCAUAUCAAACUACCUGAAUGAGGACAACCUCAAAUGGUCCUGUUGCUAUUGUUUUUUCUUUCUUUUUUUCAUAAUUGUAGCAAAUAAAAUGUACUAAAUUAAUCUGUGUAUGCGGAUAGCUUGCAUUUGGAGUCCACAUAUAUAAACACAGAGUAGCUCUGAGCAGUGAGAAAUUGUCUGACUAAUGAAGGGACAAUCGUUGAAGUCAUUUUGCAUUCCUUCUACU